AUGCUGUCUCUGAGCUGUGCUGACCCGUGGCCUGAAGGCUCGGUGGGUCUGGAGGAGGAGGUGGUGACGGUGCAGACGGAGGAGCGGGGCGGCAGCAGCGUGAGCGGCUGCUGCAGCUCCGUCAGCCUGGACGACAGCCUGACCAGCCUGCAGUGGCUGCAGGAGUUCUCCAUCCUCGGCGCCAACGGGCCCCAGCAGCCGCACCACCAGCCGCACCUGUUCGCCCGCCGCCAGCUGGGCUCCGAGGCCCCGGCCUCCCCUCUGGCCGCGGACCCCGCCUCCAUCGGCACGCCGCUGACCCCGGGGAAGCCCACGGCGGCGGCCUACAGCAGGUUGCAGACGCUCCCCGGCAUCGUGGCUCACGGUCACUGCCCGGACGAGGUGGACUACAAGACCAACGCGCACAUCAAGCCUCCCUACUCCUACGCCACCCUCAUCUGCAUGGCCAUGCAGGCCAGCAAGAAGACCAAGAUCACUCUGUCCUGCAUCUACAAGUGGAUCACCGACAACUUCUGCUACUACCGGCACGCCGACCCCACCUGGCAGAACUCCAUCCGACACAACCUGUCGCUCAACAAGUGCUUCAUCAAGGUGCCGCGGCAGAAGGACGAGCCGGGGAAGGGCGGCUUCUGGAAGAUCGACCCGCAGUACGCCGAGCGCCUCCUGAGCGGCGCCUACAAGAAGAGGAGGAUGCCGCCGGUCCAGAUCAACCCGGCCCUGCAGAACAGGCUCCGGAUCAACCUGCAGCCGCCGUCCCGAGGCCCCUGCAGCCCCACCGGCAGUCACGGCCUGAGCGUCAACCCGGAGUCCCAGCGGCUCCUCCGGGAGUUUGAAGAAGCCACCGGCGCCGACCAGAACUGGGACCCACAUCUGGCUGAGGGGACCAUGCUGGGGUCCUGGCCGGCGGUCCGAGGUCGAGGGGCUCACAAAAGGAAACCGGGCUCCAGAAACGGCGGCGCCAAAGCCCCCCGGCGCUCCAGCUCCCCGCUGCUCUGCGUGGUGGACGAGCAGAAGGAGAUCGGACCACUCAAGGGCGACUUCGACUGGGACGCCCUGCUGGACUCGGCCCUCAGCGGCGAGCUCAGCCUGGACGGAGGAGAACCGCUGAGCCCCAUCAUGAAAGAGGAGGACCUGACGGUGCGGGGGACCCACAUCUCCCCCGCCGACGCGCCCGCCGGGACGGCAGACAUCCACGUGCUGGUGGAGACCCAGAGGAAUAACGACGUGUCGGACUUUGACGAGGAGACCUUCCUGGCCACGGCCUUCCUGGAGAGCCCCUGGCCGGAGGAGGAGGAGGAGCAGAGCCGCAGUGACUACCUCUGUAGCUCCACCGUCAACCUGGACCAGCUGUUCGACCUCGGGGACUCGUUAGGCGGAGACCCCAGCACCCGGAUCGACACCCUCCUCUGA